GUUUGGAUGCAUUUGGAAAUUGAUGUUUGGAUGUCUGUCUCUCUAUGAGUAUUUGAAUGCUAUAGAUUAUUUCUGCCCAACAGGACUGACAUUUGUUCAGAGCACACGCCGACAGGUGUCCAGGCCGAGGUGAACGAUGGUUCAGGGCAAGUGUGAAUUGAUCGCUCUGUGUCUGGGCAUCAUCGGUCUGAUCGGCACGGCCGCCGUCACAGCUCUCCCCAUGUGGAAGGUGACGGCUUUCAUCGGAGAGAACAUCAUCGUCAUGGAGGUCCGCUGGGAGGGCUUAUGGAUGACCUGCUUCAGGCAAGCCAACAUUCACAUGCAGUGUAAAGUUUACGACUCUCUGCUCUUCCUCCCACCAGACCUGCAGGCCGCCCGCGGGUUGACCUGCUGCGCUCUGGCGCUCUCCGGACUGGGCCUGCUGGUGUCCCUCGUGGGUCUCCGUUGCACCUCCUGUCUCAGAGAUCAACCGCGGGUCAAAAGCAUCAUUGUGAUGGCCGUGGGGGCGAUGCAGAUCUUGGCUUCUUUUUGCGUUAUCAUUCCAGUCUCUUGGACGGCUCACACCAUCAUUAGAGACUUUUACAACCCUUUGCUCAUCAACGCCCAGCGUAGGGAACUCGGGGAGGCGCUUUAUAUCGGCUGGGUCACCAGCGCUUUCCUCUUGGCGUCUGGGGUUAUAUUUCUGUGUCGUCGCGUUGGCCCGCAUUCUGACUUGUUUUACGUAUAUCAGCCUGGUUAUUCAAGCAAUAAACACAGUUUUAACCAUUCUCCCCCUCUCAUAAAUAGCUCUGUAAGAGACCAGCCUUUGCUCCAGAACAACAGCUUCUCUAUUUAUCCGUCCGUGCGCAGCUUCACCAUCACACCCCCUUUUGAUCAACAUUUAUCUUACGGCGGGCGGCCAAUGACUACAGGGCCUUUAGUGUACCACCAGAACACGUUACCACCUCAGAACACAAACGUAAUGCAAUAUUUACACCAAACUGCCCAGUACCCCGAUCGGCUUUCUACACAUUUCACGGGAAGCAACGUCAGUAAUCCAUACAGUUCCUGCACCUCCGGCUCAGCGUUACAGAUUGUCCCACAGAAACAACUUUUCAUAGGGUACAACUAUUCCAGAGUACAGUCUCACAGCUCAGACAGUGGAUCUGGACUGCGUAUAUAA